CUGUGCGUCACAAUGCACACACUGGCUGCAUAAAUAUACUCGGCGCAAACCAGGCAGACAAUAGGAUUUGUUGACAAUGGGUAGCCGAAUAUUAGGUUGAUAAAUAAUAUUCAUCUUGAACGCAUGCAUGCAACUCGGUUAUUGUGGAGGGGAUUACAGCACACGCAUUGUCAAUUUCGACCUCAAGUCGGCUCAGCCCCCUGCAAUUGACCAGUUUCGUGAUCAACGCAACGGGACGUUAAUUAUCGAUCUGGUAUUAGUUGGAGGGAAGGCUGUGUACAAGAUGAUCAUGUUACCAGUAUCAUGCAAUAGCUAAUGUGAUGAUCUGAUAUAGACUGGACUACAUUCGUAGUAACUGAAUCGACUAGACUAGACUGCGAAGGGCGAAAGUCGUCUCGUUAAUGUUGGAUAACUGUGAUAAUGUGCAUCGUCUUGGGGGUUAAACCUCCGGAUGCGCUGUUCUGAUACCAAAUUGACAAGAGCUUGAGGAUAUCUUCAGAUCCUACCAUGUCUGUGGUCCUUUUACCCGUAUCGGACUCUAGACCAGAGAUGAAGAACACCAUCAAUAUCAACAACAAUGAACCAGGGACAAGCGACGAUGAAGUCGUAGUAUUUCGCGGCUCCGGUCAUUCCGACCAGCUCAUGAAGGGGCUCUGCGACCUCUGGAAGGACAAUCAGUUGACCGACAUUGUUCUUAAGGUUGGCAACAGAAAAUUUCCUUGUCAUCGAAAUGUCCUGGCUUCGGUCAGUCCCUAUUUCCACCGGAUGUUCUGCUCGAACAUGCAGGAGAGCAAGUUGUCAUCGGUGUCUCUGCAGGGCAUCAGGGCGGACAGUGUGGCCCUCAUCCUGGACUUUGCCUAUACCUCAAGAAUGAACUUCAGCAAAGAGAACGUUCCUCUUAUCCUGGAAGCUGCGGACAUGCUGCUUAUGACGUCUGUCAAGGAAGGUUGCGUGGACUUCAUGAAGGAGCAUUUGCACCCUUCCAACUGUUUGGGUAUCUAUACCCUAGCAGAACGAUUCAGUUGUGACGAACUCGCGGGAAAGGUGUGGAAGUUUGCCGUCCGGAAUUUCAGAUCGGUCCGGAAGCAUCGCGAGAUUCUUGAUCAGUCGUUCGAGAUGAUUGAGAAGUACCUGUCCACCGAUAACCUGGUGAUUGAGGAGGAAGAAGAAGUCUUCGAAACGAUCAUUGCCUGGAUCAAUCACAACCGAAAAACGCGGUUAAAAGACCUCAAGAAACUGUUAUCGCAUGUUCGUGAACAUCUCUUGCCCACGCAGUACUUGGUAGAUAAGGUGCUUUCUCACCCGCUCCUGACAAAGUCCGAGUCGUUAUCCAUGACCAUCGAGGUCACCGCCCGACAUCGUUCGUCUAUGAACUACGGUACACCUCGAACACGAUCUCGUUCACGCCGUGUGGUACUCGUCGUCGGAGGCAUCGGCCCGGCCAACAUCAAACUGACCGAGGUGAAAUACUUCGAUCCCGUCGAUCGGCGGUGGUCGACGUUUUCCCAUCUCCCGUUCGACUCCGAGCCGGUGUCGUGCGUCACUGCAGUGAUCGAUGAUGUCUACGUUAUGGGGUCUAGGGGGUCUUUCAUCGUCCAUCGCGCGGAAGACUCGCAGUGGAUCGACCUCCCUAUGCUUCCCCCUGAGAGGGUUCGACAACGGGUCACGUGCACGUCGUCCGACGAUGGCAAUCUCUACUUCGUCGGCGGGUUCGACGGUGUGCAGAGAGUUCGAAUGGUAGACAGAUUCAACACGAAAGACAACACGUGGCAUGAGCUGGAGCCUAUUCCUGUUGCAGUCAGUUCACCCAGCACCGUCAUCUUCGGCAACAAACUCUACGUCUUCGGUGGCGCCCUCGCCAACGGGACCGCAACCGACCUCGUUCAUAGCUAUGACCUCGACGACAACUCGUCCCCUCAUCGAUCGUGGGAGGCUCGGAACCCGAUGCCGCACGCCUUCUCCGGCAUCACCGCGGUCGUUCUGGGCGCCUACAUCUACAUCGUCGGGAGCGUCUCGACGGUCGUGCACCGGUACAACCCGGUGGAGGAUUCCUGGAGCCAGGCUGAGGACAUGGCGAAGACGCACGCGCUGUGCGGUGCGACGGUGUGCGGUGGGAAGAUCUACGUGACGGGAGGGGAGAACCAACCGAACUCGCCGAUCAGCGAAGUUGAGGGGUAUGAUCCGACGACGAAACGCUGGAUGCCGUGCCAUAAUCUGCCUUAUCCUAUCAGGUUGCACGGCUGCGCUACGGUCAUCAAGAGAAUAUGAUCAUGGCUGAAAAAUGACCCAUCCUGAGCCCUGUCCAAACUUUUGUAUUCUUGUUCUCUUACCCAAUAACCCAGUCAUGGCAAACACGUCCAGGUGACACGUCAGCCAUACCUUCAUCUCGAUUCCAAAUCGGCUUCAAACCGAUCCCCCUCCCCCCCCCCCCCCCU